AUGAUCCAAGCAUUAGCGCCGACAACCCUAGAAAGUCGUUCGUUCGAGGCGUUUCGAGGGCCGCCAAAACCCCUCCUCCGCUCCUCCGACAUCGACGACUUCAUGUCCGGCACCACCGCCGGUCGCGCGUCCUCGUCUGCCGGCGCCCCUCUACAGUCUGCCAAUGUGGGAGACUCGAGAGCCGUCGCCGGAGUCCGGAACGCGGAGCGAAACUGCGUGCUCGCCGAGGACCUGUCCUCUGACCAGACGCCGUUUAGAAAAGACGAGUACGAGAGGGUCCGGGGGUGUGGGGCCCGGGUGCUGAGCGUGGACCAGGUGGAGGGGGUGAAGGACCCAGAGGUGCAGAGCUGGGGGGCGGAGGAGGACGACGAGGGGGAUCCGCCGAGGCUUUGGGUGCAGAGCGGGUUGUACCCGGGGACGGCGUUUACGAGGAGCGUUGGUGCGGUGCCGGAGGUGAAGGAGGUUAAGAUUACGCCGGAGCAUCUGUUUUUCGUGGUGGCUAGUGAUGGGGUGUACGAGUUCUUGUCGAGCCAGACCGUGGUUAAUAUGGUUGCCGGCUUCAAGGACCCCCGUGAUGCCUGUGCGGCAAUAGCUGCAGAAUCAUACAAGACGUGGUUAGAACAUGAGAGUAGGACUGAUGACAUUACACUUAUUGUUGUGCACAUCAAAUAUAUGGGAAAUUCAGAUUAUGCGAUGACUGAGGAAACAAGUGAAAUAAGCUCCAAGACUUCCCCAGUGGCAUUAGAAAAAUUACCUGUGUAUAGAUAUGCAUUUCAAGGCUCCGGAAAAAGCACUGAGCUGCAUGCAUGCCCUGACUUCACGAUGGAGCGGAGUCCAGCAUGUGUUGCUCCUUCACCGGGGCACACCCCAUCUUCCAGAACGUGACCAAACCAGGUUGAUUGGGAGAAGUUGAUUAGUUGUCCAUCCUAAUUCCGAGGCUAGCAUGCAGAGUACGUGAUUUGUGCAGCAACAUUGAGAGGCUGACUGAAUUCACUCCAGUGCUUCGCAAGCAUCUGCUCUAGUGAAACUUGCACGUAAUCAAGUUUGGUGCUUUUUCAUCGGUUGUCCUAAUCUUGGUUUCUGUACAUUUCUUUAUGUAAAGCUUUGUUGCUUUGAGAUAAUCUGGCCUCUGCGAAAUCAUGGAACAGAGCAUGUUAAUGUCAUUGUGAAAUGUUACAAUCCGAUCCCUGAAACUUGCCAGCACGAAAUCAUGGCCGUUGCUGCAUCAGAGUUCUCAAGAGUUGAAAGGGUUGAUUACUCACUGCUAUUUUGCACAAACCAGCCCAAAACCCCACCACCUGCCACCCAAAAAGUAGAGGGAAAAAAAAGAAAAAAAGAAAACCAAAAGGAGGGGCGG